CUACUUGUGUAUUUACCGUACAUUUCGAAUACGAAGUAGAAUAAUUACGCGAACGUUAAUAAAAAGUCAGAAGCACUGAAAACAUUUGCUUAAAGGAUUGCACAAAUGAUAAUUCGUCAGAAUUAAUAGAUACGGAUACGUUCCGAAUUUGCUCAAAUCCAUUGACGAACGUCACCGUAUUUCCGUCGGAGUUCCGUGUGUCGAAUAGAGAGAGAAACGAAUUUGUCCUCGUUAUCAGUGAACUUCGGAACACGCCCCACGCUGUUGAAAUCAAACCGGCCGAACCCAACCCCCCUUUGAUAUGCAUAGAACGUAAUGUGUCAUCUUUCACGUGUUUCCGUGAACCUUUCAUAGAAAAACCGGACCGUCGAAGGGAGCACGACGCUGAUAGAUUUCAGUCGGGACGCGAGAUUCUCGUAGCUUCUUUGCAAGAUGUCGGAAACGUUGAAGCCUUAUCUGACAGCAGUGAGGCGGACGCUUACAGCCGCAAUGUGUCUUGAGAAUUUCUCGUCCCAAAUUGUUGAGAGGCACAAUAAACCUGAAGUUGAAGUGAGAAACAAUAAGGAGCUCCUUCUGACUCCAAUAUUGAUAAGUAGAAACGAUAAGGAAAAGGUGCUGAUCGAGUCCAGUAUAAACAGUAUGAGAAUAAGUAUCGCCGUGAAACAGGCAGACGAUAUGGAGAAGAUUUUGUGUCAUAAUUUCACAAGAUUCAUGACAAUGAGAGCAGAACAUUUUGUUAUUCUUAGGAGGAAGCCGAUAGAGGGUUAUAACAUUAGUUUUUUAAUCACAAACAUCCACGUAGAACAAAUGUACAAACAUAAAAUCGUAGACUUUGUCAUUCAUUUCAUGGAAGAAAUCGACAGAGAGAUCAGUGAAAUGAAAUUGUCAAUGAAUGCCAGAGCUCGCAUAUGCGCUGAAGAAUUCUUGAAAAGGUUUUAAUUCCUGGGACACGGCGUGUUACCAACAUAGCAAUAAUUGCAAAUGCCAGGUCGCUGAAAGUAACAGUGCCCGUAAACUAAGCUGAUUAACGCAGUUAGAAAUAUUUUUAGGAUAACUUCCUAACUUACUUUAAGCGACCCUUUAUCCAAAUAACAAUCCGUGCUGUUUUCCAGUUACAAAAUUCAUUAAAUAAAUUUCUCGAUUAAUCGAUGUUAUCUCCAGCUGUGUAACGAAUAACAAGUCUGACGUACAUGUAAGUACAAAAUGAUAUAUUAAUUGAAUGCGUUUUAGCGAAUAGCGGGAGAUGAUCGCGUCGAAAAGAGUGUAUUUGUUUCUCCCGAAGAAGGAAACGGAACGGUGAACUGGCAUCUGUUUAAAAAGCGUCGUUCUAAAACUAAUUUUAAUAUCCUCUGAAUCUGGGAUAUAAAUAUCGUACAUGAUGGAACUGUGAAAACCACUUUAUAAAUUUUACACGCGACAAAGGUACUUUUCUCGUAGGAAUCAGGAAUGCCUUUUCGAGUCUAGACUUUUCCAAUCUUGUAAUCGUCUCAUGAAUUUUGCAUAAUCGGUUCAUAGUGUACAUUUUUAUAACAACUUAUUGACAAUGAAGUUGUUUGUAAACUGUAGAUACAGACUGGCGUUUUAAGCGAUCUUUUCAUAGGCGGAUCUUCUUUUUACCAAGGUACUUCGGUAAUAGCGUGUACUUUUGCAAGUAAGUCUAGCACAAAGGGAACGAAAAUACAGUACGACGCAAGAUAGGAUGGUUUAUUUUGUCGGAUACCAGGGAAUUUUAAAGGGACAUUCCUAAUCGUGAAGCCAUCGGUUAUAUUGAGCAUUGUUAAUACUAAAGUCGUCGUCGAGUCAACUGUCCGAUCAGAAAUAUAUCACGGUCAGCGAAAAUCAUUUCCUUUUAUCGUCUUAUCAGUGUUCUGGCUGGUUUCGGUUAUCUUUCGAGACCGAACGAGCGCAUUUAUAUUUAUACUGGGUUUCACACAUCCGGCAUUUAUCGAAUGUCGAGCAACGGAUGCUCGUUUUCAAUCCAUUGCCUGGCAAAGCGUUGGAAGAGAACAUCCGUUGCGUGGGGCUCGGCAAAUAAUCAGUGCGUUGAGUCGGCGUUACGGGUAGAGACACGUGUACCCAUCAGCGUUUGACGUUACUCGAAUAAAUCUCUAUCCAAACAAGGAAUAACAGACGAAAUUUUAUUCAUUAUUCGAUUAUAAUUCUUUGAUCGUUUAUUCGUUCAGUAUUAUUCGUUUUAUUGCUACUUGAAGAUUUACUUCACGUAAGAUCAACUUGUUCGUUAUUCGAAAUAACUUUUGCCCAAUAUCGACACCCGUAUAUUUUAGAUGCAUGGGAACUGGGGAUCUCUAAUUAAAUUAAACAGUAUACAUUUGAAAAAUUACUUGUGAUUAAAUUCUACGGCUAAGGGGUUAAGCGUUAUUUAAAAUUUCACAAGUAUUAGGGUUCUUCCAUCGUAAAGAGUAUUACAACGCGUUGUAUAUUUAAAGUGCCGGUCACCGGUGACCGCUGUGGCAGUGAACGUGUUAAUCGUGUAUGAAAUUAAUUAUACAAAUACAUAGGUAAUUGAAAGAGGUCGUGUUUGGGCUCAUUGUUAUCGGAUAAACCUUGUCAAUCUAUUUCUAAUACUACUAUAAAGGUAUGAAAAACUAUAAAAAUUGUAAUUUUUAUUGGUGGAUGAAAUUUGAUACCAUGCGUGUCAAUAGCGGAGGUUUAGUCUACGAAUGGUACGUUCAGAGUUUGUAAUCACAUUUUGAGAAAGGGGCAGGACGUUUGUCUGCUGGUUUGUACACUUUUUCCGAAAGGAAAAGUUCGAUCGACCGGUUGACUUGACAAGGGGUUUAGUAAUUAUAAACGCAACUGACGUCCACCGACAUUGGAUAUUGUAAUUCGUCGAACAACUGCCAAAACACUAUUUAGCAUAACUAAGCGACCGAGGGACUGUAAUUACGAUUGUCUUAAUCACUACGGUAGCGCUAAGGAGCUAAGAGGUACUUUUUAUUGUAAUUAUGAAGGAAAGAUAUCUUUAUCACGGCAUCGUAUAUGUAUGUAUAUACUAUAUACGAACAGAGUAUCACGCGUUUAUCGAAUUUUCACUGAUUUUCAUCGAACGUCAAGUUAGAACACGAGAGAGAGCGCCGCGAUAUCUCUGGUUUUCAAUUUUGGUAGAUAGGUUUCGAUUACGUACCUUUUAUUUUUCUACGUGUUCUCCUUUUACACGAUCAAACAUUUUGGCAGGCGUUUGGUCGUAAACGCUGUAGCAAUUACAUAAAAUGUUGGAUCAUUUAUUGGAUCAACUACGAACAAUGAAACGGUGGGUGUGUGCGUGAAGCGUGCAAUUCCUUUUGCAUUUAUAAAGUUCUAUUUAUCUUACGGAUUAUUGUAACCAUAUGAUUUAACACUAAUGUAAAUAUAAAUAAACGAGAAGAAGCAUCG